UCUCCUCUGGAUCUAGCUGGACUAGAGACAGAGUCACCCCAUCCACUCAGGUCGCCUAGCGAACACUUUAGGUUCUGACCCGCAUGGGCGCGAGGUCCCUAAUGGGACAACUUAGGUGCCUUUAAGAAACCUCGCCCCAGAGAACCCUCACAAAUUGUUACCAUUUUUUGCUGAAGCCUCUCCCCUGAGCUGAGGGUGCCUGUAUAUGUUUCCACCAAACGUAGACAUUUGCUCUCUGCCCCCAGCCUUUUUUAAAGGAAGGAGCUGGGGUGUGUGGCGUCAACUGCCGCAGUAAAGGGAUCUCCUUGAAGUAUCUUCUCGUGGGUGUCUUGAAGGAGUCCUUCUCUGCCUCAACUUUGUAUUCAAGUAGUAUUUGGGGAUUUGGCUUGGUUUUCUUGGCUCCUACCCCAGUCCUCCUUUCAAGGGUGUGUGGAGUUCAGAGAUGGGUGGAGAGUGGGCUUGGCCGGAACUGAAUUAGCAGAGAUGAAAGGGAAACGGAGGAUCCUCAGCCUUGGCCACUUCGACCUGGCGAAUUCACUUUAUUUUUAGCCGAGGAAAAGAUCUGCAUUGGAAGCAGGGGGAAGAUUCUUUUUAGGAAGUCUGCUUUGCUAACCUACCCCCAAUCCCCGAGUUUGGGGUUGGAUGCUUGAGGGCUUUGUUUCCCUUAUUUUAUUUUAUUUUUUUUAAGGGUAGUCUAGCUGUGUCUGAAUUGACUCCCUCUGCUCUGGCCCUCCUCCCCAUUUUCCGGCCAGGAGAAAGAGAGGAGGUGGGGGCCCGGGAAAGAGAAGGCGAGGGCUAGUCGCCCGGUGCGCUGACAGGGGCAGGUGUGAGAGAGAUAGCUGUCUUCGAUCGGCUCAGGAGUAUGAGCUUCCCAGAGGACAGCAUGAGCUCCGGACACUUCAGGGGUCACCAGCUAGCGACAUGAAUGAUAUGGAUCAACUCAUAAACAACUUGGAAGUCCAACUUAAUUCAGAAGGUGGCUCAAUGCAUGGCUUCAAACAGGUCACUGGCUCUCUUCACAUCAGAGUUCCUCCUAAGUCAGCAAACAGUGGGAAGAUGACAUCUCCACCAUUCCUGGAUGCCAAUCCUAUGGAGAACCCAGCUCUAAUUAGUGACAUCAAGAUUGAUCCCCCAGAAGAACUUCUGGCUAAUGAUUUCAACCUGCCCCAGAUGGAACCAGUCGACCUCUCUUUUCACAAGCCCAAGUCUCCUCUACAGCAUGCCAGCCUGCUGCAAGCUCCAGUACACCCUCCCAAGCCACAGCCUGCUCUUCAGACACGUGUAGUGUCCACAUCAACAUCUGACACAGGCACAUCAGCAAAUAUCCCUACUGUUCUGAAUCCAAGCUCUAUCCUGGCCUCCUCUCAGGGCACUGGUGGCCAGCAGAUCUUACAUGUGAUUCACACCAUUUCCUCAGUCAGGCUGCCAAAUAAGUUGGGUGGCCUGAAGACAUUCCCAGUGGUGGUACAGUCACUGCCCAUGGUGUAUACUACUUUGCCUGCAGAUGGGGGCCCUGCAGCCAUUACAAUCCCACUCAUUGUAGGAGAUGGCAAAAAUUCUGGAUCAGUGAAAGUUUACCCCACCUCCAUGUCUUCACUGGAUAUCCCAAGUGACAGUGAGGAGAGUGCAACUGAGAGUGGAUCUUUGGCUUUACGGGGUAUUCAGGGACUACAGCAAGAGUGA